AUGCAGUCAAAAAAUCGACAUUCGCUCUCUGGACUUCAACCACGAAAGAACGAACGAAGGGAAUCGGCCCCAUCUUCUUUUGCCGUUCACCGAUUCACAACGUCAACUCUAGCUCCGUUCACGAAGUUGCAGUCCCCUUCCAAGCACACAGUUCUCGUAUUUAAAGCACAAAUCACUGCCCUAAUUCGGUUCGUCAUCACGUCUCUGAUCCUCGGGAUCCCGUCGACACCUAAAAGUGAACGUCGACGCCAUCUGCUCCUCCUCCGUCGCCAUCUUCUUCUUCCAAGCACAUCGUCGCCUUCUGAAGCUUCCAAGCACAUGGGGGACAGUAGAAAGGCAUUGUCUUUAAGGUUGGGAAUCCUUCGCCGAGCCCUAAUUCCUUCAAGUUCGUUCACUGGUUCAGAUUCGCAAUCUGAAAAAGGUAUCAAGCGUAUUUCCGCUUCAUUGAUUUUAGGUUGUUUGCAUGUACUUGGGCUUGGGUAUAACCCGAGUGUGAGUCACAAGGAAAUUGAAAAAGCAACUGUGAUUCAUUACAAUGGGAAUCUGAAGCCGUGGCUGGAAAUAGGGAUUCCAAAGUUUCAAGGGUAUUGGAAUAGGUUUCUGGACUAUGAUCAGGCUUACAUGAGGGAUUGCAAUAGCAUGAGUAGCUAA